GCCACUUCGAUUCUUGGAGCACAUGGUCUACAAAAUUUACUGGAGGAAAAUGAGAAGAUAGGAGAUGUGUCACACGAACAGUGGGAACAAAAUCAGAAACGGGUCAUGGUUUGGUUACUCGGGUCUAUGAACAAGAUAGUGAGAGAACAAGUGGAAAAUCUCACGUCUGCAGCUGAAGUAUGGAAGGACAUCGAGAAGCAAUUUUCAGGGAAGUCCAACAAAAUGCAGGUCUCCAAAAUUCUACAGGAGAUGAGACGUAUUAGGCAGGGACAAAUGUCAGUAACCGAGUAUGCGGGUGAACUCAAAAAAUUGUACAGAGACUUGGAGUUCUUCAGGCCAUUUAAGCCAUUUGAUCCAAGGGACUUGCCUUUACUCCGAGAAUGGUUUGAACCAUUACUUGUUCAAAGCUUUCUUGAUGGCCUGAAUCCAGAGUUCCAUUUACGCUCCCAGCUGAUAAUGGCUAUACCAGAAUGGCCUACCUUGGAGGAGGCUGUUGCAAGUAUCCUGGAGGAAGAAACACGCCUAGCACAACAAGUUAAUGCAGAGACACGUGCUGCUUUGUCCUCAUUCAGUCAAUCUCGUCCAUAUGGUGGCCAGAAGAACGAUCAGGCGAACACCACGAAUAUUGGUUACAAACGAAAGAGUAGAGUGAUAUGCGAUCAGUGUAACAAGCCUGGUCACAUUAAGAAAAUUUGUUUCGAACUGAUCGGCUUUCCUCCUAGUUGGCAGCGGAGGCAACAGAACAAGUCUUAUGCUAACCAUAAUCAAGAGAAGAAACAAGACAUUGUCCACUUUUCAUCUGCCGAGCGACAACCACCCAUGGUAAUUGCCCAAGCCUUAAAGGAAUUCAAGGCAAAAUUAAUGGCUGCCUCUGCUGAAGGUUCAAAUGAAAUUUCGAAUACUGGGAGUACAGAAGGAUCUGGAGUCGGGAAGAGUUCUUCGAACUGGAACUGAACAUGAUGGCUUGUACUACCUCGAUAAUGCUCCAGCUCCACUUGCACUUAACACGAAGUAUGCCACGUCUAAAGAUGAGUUACUUCUUCUACACUGUAGACUUGGGCACCCUCAUCCCAGUC